AUGGCGCCCUCAUCCCCCUCCCUGUUCUUCUUUCUUCUGCUCAUUGCUCUACUGUCAAUCCGAUGUGCAAUUCCUAAUCAAUUUCUUGUGUAUCAAUCAGGACUCAUGUCUCAGGCGUCGUCAUCUACCACUCGCACUAGGCGGUCUAGCGCAGCUAGGGUUGCCCUGCAACCUGCACCCCUUGUUGUUGCUGCUGCAGCUCCUCUGCCCACGGCCAUCGAUCUAGAGACGCUGAUUGAUGAUGUGAGCGGGUUGCCGUUGAUUAUGUGCCCAGAUUGCAAGGAUGUCAGGGUCUUUGCUGCCAAUACCACGCAGUCUGGGUUGAACUUUGGAAAGAGAUAUUUCAAGUGCCCUAGGAAGAACUAUCAAAAUGGGACAUGUGCUAGGUAUUGGUUUGAGGAAGAAUAUGUGGUGUUCCUUCUUGAUAAUGGUUAUCUACCAUCAGCUGCUUCUAUCAUUGCACCAGCUUCGACAACUGAAGUUCCUGAGCUUGUUGGAAAAAUUGAUAGCUUAGAGCAGAGUCUGAACAAGGUGAAGGAAAUGGUUAGCAAGAACAGGGAAGGCAUGGGAAGCUGCAUUUGUCUUGUAUGUGGUUGUCUGAAUGUAACAUUCCUGGUGCUGGCCAUUCUUUUGGUUGUAAUUGUAAUGUUGAAGUAG